GAAAACAAGCACGUAGUAGAUGUUUUGUAAUAUCUAAUACGUUUUCAUGAUAUCAUUUCACAUAAUUUAUGUUUUAAUCGUAAGCUAAUUUGCAUGUUUUAUUGUUACUUGACUUGUUUCUAUCAAGGCGAUAUUUAAGUAAAAAUUACGUUGAUAUUAACCAGUUUGUUCUAAUACCAUGAACGCUGAAACUGUACUAAUCACCGAUCGCGAUGAAAUUAGAAAAUUGUCCGGGAAAUCGAAAGAAUCCGUUUUUCGAGAUAUAAAAAUUAUUAAGGAAUGGUUGGAAACUCAAAAGCAUCUACCUGAAAUUCCAACUAAGUCAAUAUUCAUAUCGAUAAUGAUAAAAAGUGAUAAUUUGAUUGAAUUCGUUUUGAAUAAUUGUAAAUUCAGUAUCGAGAAAACGAAACAAAAUUUGGAUAUGUACUAUACGUUAAGAAAUCUUAUACCGGAUAUGUAUCAAAACGCGAAUCCAUCUACACCAGAUAUAGAAGAAGUUUACAAAAAAGCUUAUAUGUUUCCUUUACCAAAAUUAACCCCAUCAAAGGAAAGAAUAAUGUUUUUCAAAUAUAAAGACGUGGAUGACAUCGUGGAUAUACGGAAAAUCUACGUUCAUUACCUCAAUAAUAUUUACGAAAUAAGAGCUUAAGAAGAU